UUAGGGUUCGCUACCCGCGGAGGGUUUGGAAGUCUCGGUGGAGAAGAGAAUUAGGGUUCUAGAAAAUGAGACUUCUCGACGGAUUCAAAUCACCAAAGUCGCGAUCGCCGCUUUCGAUUAAAACUUGGAUGAGAUGUUGAUAUAGAUGUGAAGCAUAGUGCAGUUGCUGGUGCGGCUUCGACGAUUUGACUUCCAAAGGCUGAAGGAAUCGGGGUAUUUAUAGGCAGACGCGAAACUCCUGCUUCCAGUUGUAGAGCAAGCAUAACAUUAGAUGGCAAAAAAUUGGAUUUUGACACUGAAAUCGAUCUUUUAGCCCGUGGGAGGCUUGGAUUUCGAGAAUAGAGACCUUGCUUCGCGGUAGCUUGUGCGGCUUUCAGGGAAAUGGAAGCGAGCCUGGAUCAGACGCUUCAGGAGGGUAAGCUCGUCCGUCAGGUCAACGCCUUCAUCGUUGCCUAUCUUCGUGACAACAAUCUGCAUCAGGCUGCAAUGGCGGUUGCUUCAGCCACGAUGACCCCGUUGGCCACAGACGCACCUGCAAACAGGCUUCUUGAACUGGUUACUAAGGGUCUUGCAGUUGAGAGGGACGAGGCUUCAAGGGGAGUUUCAGCUGCGUCUGCUGCAGGGAUACCGGUUUUACUUGGCUCGAUGCCUGUUCCAACCCAAGCCAUAGAUUUCAGUACCAUGCCUGAGACAAAAGGUUCAUCCAAGACUUUCCCAAAGCAUGAGACAAGACAUGUUUCGGAGCAUAAGAAUUUUGCUAGAUGUGCAAGGUUUAGUCCUGAUGGGCGAUUUGUUGCAACUGGAAGUUCAGACACAUCUAUUAAGCUAUUUGAGGUUUCGAAAAUGAAGCAAGCGGUGCUUGCAGAUUCCAGGGAUGGUCCAGUGAGGCCUGUUAUUCGGACAUUCUAUGAUCAUUCACAGCCAAUUAAUGAUCUAGAUUUCCAUCCACAAAGUACAGUAUUAAUAUCAGGGGCAAAGGACAACACAAUAAAGUUUUUUGAUUUCUCCAAAACAGUUGCAAGGAGAGCCUUUAGAGUUAUCCAGGACACUCACAAUGUGAGAUCUGUUUCUUUUCAUCCUUCUGGGGAAUAUCUAUUGGCAGGGACUGAUCAUCCAAUUCCUCAUUUGUAUGAUAUCAAUACUUUCAAGUGUUACUUAACAGCAAAUGCUCAGGACCUAAAUGCUAAAGCUGCUAUCAACCAGGUCCGAUACUCGUCAACUGGCAGUAUGUAUGUGACAGCAUCAAAAGAUGGUUCUAUUCGUGUAUGGGAUGGGGUUACUGCACAAUGUGUCCGACCCAUAGUUGGUGCACAUGGGUUAAUGGAGGCUACAAGUGCAAGUUUUACAAAAGAUCAAAGGUUCAUUCUCUCUUGUGGAAAGGACUCUACCAUUAAAUUGUGGGAAGUAGGCACUGGAAGACUACUCAAGCAAUACCUGGGAGCGGUGCACACGCAGUUUCGUUGUCAGGCUGUCUUCAAUGGCACUGAAGAGUUCAUUCUAUCCAUUGAUGAAUCAAGUAAUGAGGUGGUUAUUUGGGAUGCGCUCACUGCUGAGAAGGUUGCGAUCUGGCCAUCUAAUCAUGUAGCUGCCCCCCGGUGGAUCGAGCACUCUCCGACAGAGGCAGCCUUUGUUACCUGCGGUAAUGACAGGUCUGUCAGGUUCUGGAAGGAAAUCCCUUGAGAAACAUGAAAUUAUUGACAUGGAAGCAUAUCGAUUUGUUAUGUAAACUAUUGAACUGGGGAUCCAAAACCAGGAGAUAUAAUACUGGUUACAAAUAACAAGGGGCAUGGCACAUUACUUUCUCUGUUCUAA